AGAAAUUAAAUAUAUUUUUCAGUAUUGUUAAUUGUGCGUUUGCUAAUGUUUCAACAGAACUGGUUCUUUCCCUAGUUAGAUUAGCUCGGAAUUAGCCUCGGAUAAUUUUUUGAGUGUAAUGUAAACAACUGUGUUGUAAUGCUUCGUUCGUGUUCCUGGGCAUCUUCGAAAAUCUGCUAUCAGCUAUAAUCUUGGAUUUAGACGUUUGAAAAAAAAAACCCACAAAACAUAGCGAAGGAGGAGUGAGGAUUUGAUUCAACAGUCGACACAUCUCUAGUAGUAAAUUUGAAGGAAAAGAAGAAAAGCUGCGUGGAGAAUCGGUGCUCAGGAGUAGCCAUGGAAGGUGCGGCUCAGAAGGAGGAAUGCUCUUCGGAUGGAGGCGUUUUCCAACAAGAGGACCGCAAGGAUUUAAACAGCGCGGAUACAGAAAGGCACACGGAGGGAGAUGGAAAUGGCGUCGCCUGCAUUAGUUCUGGCAUCUGUGGGAAAGGAGAGGGUGCCAGAUCGGACCAGCAGUCCCCAAGGAAGAGGAAACGGGAGCCGGAGGAUGAGCCUCUAGCCAAAAAGCUGCAUUCAGACCAAGGCCAUAGUGAAAAGGUAGCCAUACAUUAUAAUACACUUCAGGAAGUUGGCUUAGCAGCUCGCAGCCAAAGCAGAAUUUUCUACCUCCGAAACUUCAACAACUGGCUCAAGAGUGUGCUCAUUGGGGAUAUCCUGGAGAAGGUGCGACAAAGCCGUAGGGACCUGACCGUUCUGGAUCUUGGCUGUGGGAAAGGGGGAGAUUUGCUGAAGUGGAGGAAGGGGAGGAUAAGCAGGCUUGUGUGUGCAGAUAUCGCCUCGGUGUCUGUAGACCAGUGCCAGCAGCGCUAUGAGGACAUGAAGAGUCGGAACCGGCCCAAUGACCAUAUCUUCAACGCGGAGUUCAUUACCGCAGAUUGCUCAAAGGAAGUCCUCGCGGAAAAGCUAAAAGACCCUGAGAUGACCUUUGAUGUCUGUAGCUGUCAGUUUGUGUAUCACUAUUCCUUCGAGACGCGGGAGCAGGCUGACAUGAUGCUGAGAAAUGCCUGCGAAAGGCUGAGACCAGGGGGCUACUUCAUUGGCACAACCCCUAAUGCCUUUGAGUUGGUAAAACGACUUGAAACUUCAGAGACUAAUUCCUUUGGAAAUGAUGUCUACAGAGUCACAUUUCAGAAGAAAGGGGAGUAUCCCCUCUUCGGCUGCCAGUAUGACUUUAACCUAGAAGGUGUGGUUAAUGUUCCCGAGUUCCUCGUGUAUUUCCCAUUGUUUGAGGAAAUGGCUAAGAAGUACAACAUGCGCCUGGUGUUCAAGAAGACGUUCUGUGAGUUUUUUGCAGAGAAGAUUCAGAAUGAGGAGCACAGACUCUUAAUGAAAAGGAUGCAGGCACUGGAACAAUACCCCGCUGAUGGAAGAAACAAGUUAGUGUCAGACACUCCGGGAGAUUAUGAACAUGCUGAGGGAAAAGCAAAAUCCCCUGAUGUAAAAAUUCCUUUGGGCACUUUAAGCAAGUCCGAAUGGGAUGCAACAAGCAUAUACCUGGUGUUUGUGUUUGAAAAAACAUCUUGAGCAUCCUGUGGGAAAUGCACCCUGCUGAAGAAAACCUGCAUGUGGCUCAGGAUGGGACCAUAGGAUGAUUACCUGCGUAGUUUGUUGUUUGUUAAAGUAGUCCUAGUGACUUAAAACGGGUCUCAGCACGAUGUGUAGGAAAUAGGAGAGACUCGGGAGUGGAACAGAAGAUCAGCUAUAUGUAAUAUAAAUGAGCAGUAUCUCAGAAUGUCACUACUGUAUCAGAGAAAGGGUUCGUCCAUGGUUAAGGGUUAACUUUGGAGGGUUUUUUAAUUAAAUUUUUUCAAGAAAUGA